AAAACAACAACAAUCACUACAGCGGAGGAAAGAGAUGGCUCCGUGAAGGCAACACGUCUGGCCCUAUCACAGUACCAGUCCCAGCCCAACUGCUGCUACUUCUAUCGGAACUUUAUAUGUCAAUGGUGCCGAGCCCAUGAACUUGGCCAGUCAAAGCGGGGAAACUGGCGGAAGCCAGCUUCUCUUCGCCAACUUCAACCAGGACAACACGUCCUUAGCUGUUGGCACCAAAUCAGGAUACAAGUUUUUCUCCCUGUCCUCUGUGGACAAAUUGGAGCAGAUAUAUGAAUGUACCGACACGGAGGAUGUGUGUAUCGUGGAGCGUCUGUUCUCCAGCAGCCUGGUGGCCAUUGUCAGCCUGAAGGCCCCCAGGAAGCUCAAAGUCUGUCACUUCAAGAAGGGAACCGAGAUCUGCAACUACUCCUAUUCCAACACCAUACUGGCUGUUAAACUAAACAGACAGAGGCUGAUAGUGUGUCUGGAGGAGUCGCUUUACAUUCACAACAUCCGAGACAUGAAAGUGCUGCACACUAUCAGAGAAACUCCCCCCAACCCUUCAGGACUGUGCGCUCUUUCUAUCAGCAAUGAUAACUGUUAUCUGGCGUACCCAGGCAGUGCUACGAUAGGAGAAGUUCAAGUGUUUGACACAGUCAACCUGCGAGCGGCUAAUAUGAUUCCAGCCCAUGACAGCCCUUUAGCGGCUCUGGCUUUCGAUGCCAGUGGAACCAAACUGGCCACAGCCUCAGAGAAGGGCACAGUCAUCCGCGUCUUCUCAAUCCCAGAGGGACAGAAGCUCUUUGAGUUUCGAAGAGGAGUAAAGAGGUGUGUGAGCAUCUGCUCAUUGGCGUUCAGUAUGGAAGGCCUGUACCUGUCGGCCUCCAGCAACACAGAGACGGUCCACAUCUUCAAAUUAGAGACGCAGAAGGAGAAGUAUGUGCCAGCGGAGGAGCCCACCACAUGGGGAGGUUACCUGGGCAAGGUCCUGAUGGCGUCCACCACCUACCUGCCUUCUCAGGUUACAGAAAUGUUCACCCAGGGGCGAGCCUUCGCCACUGUACGUCUGCCCUUCUGCGGACAUAAGAACAUCUGCGCAUUAGCUGUGAUUCAGAAGAUUCCCAGGUUGUUGGUGGCAGCGGCUGAUGGUUAUCUUUAUCUGUACAACCUGGAUCCACAAGAGGGAGGGGAAUGCACACUUAUGAAGCAGCACAGGUUGGACGGCAGUGCGGAGCCAGCCAAUGAGAUCCUUGAGCAGGGGCCACAUGACCGCCCACUUGUGGCCCAAACCUACAGUGCUGCUGUCACUAAAGGUUACUGCGAAGAGCAAGGCGCAGUGGGAGGAGCGGGGCUAGAAGACGACCUCAACGACCUGCGCUUGGAGGAAGAGAACGAGCAGCCGCCACUCAUCCUUGAAACUGACUGAUUUAACGGACGGCUGUACCCACCAAUCAGAGGGCUCCUCUGGUGCUGCUAUGAACAUGUGACACAAGGGGGGCAGGGGCAGGAUCAAAGAGGGGGUGUUUUUAAACGCUCAGAGUGUUCACGAGCCUGUCUGUCAGUUUGUCUGUUAACCUUUUUUCUUCCUCCUUUCCUUUCGCUCCCCUUUUCCCCUCGGUUUGCCUGCGCUGGCCAAACUGACGCUUUGCAUGUACAUGUGCCAACUGCUAAAAAAAACACAUGCUCCAAUGUGAAAACGAGUAUCUGUGAGUGUGUGUGUGUGUGUUGGACGUUUGAUUUCAAGGAAAAAAAAUGUAGCUGUGUCUCCACUUAAGACACACAGACGCAAGCACUGUGUAAAAUGAAAGUGAUUGUGUAAGUGCCUCUCUGCCCCAGUGUCAUGGUUUCUUCUGUUUGAGAGGGGGAUCUCUUUGCAUUGGCUCAAUAAAAUCUAUUUUCAGUUGUCGGAUCUUAAUCGAGGGUGUGUACUAUCUUUUUCUGACCCUUUCCUCUCUCACACACAGCUCAUCUGGCUCAAGUUUCCCCUUCAAAGAAAGAUGUAGAAGCCUUUGGCAUGAGGCAGAGGUGUUUGUGUGUUUGUGCGCUUGUGCUGAGACUUUAUCUGUGUGUGCGUGUGUGCUGGGCAUGUACAUUAGCAAAACACUGAGUAAUUAGCCUCCACUUGCCCCACCCAAACCCCUCCUCACUUUUACCUCACCCGAACAGAGGCUCGGUGGACCGUCCCGCCCUCUCCCCCUCCUCAGGCCUGCAGUCAUUGGUUGAUUUUAAACUCUGAUAUUAAUGAUCUUUUUUUAAAUCUACAUAACCAAUCAUAACCAAUGAUGUGUCAUGCGUAAGAAAACAUGCAUGGUGUUGUUGACGUGGUACUUUGUCCAUACAUCAGAGACAUUUUGGUGAGGAUCAGCUGAGAAAGGCAGGAAGCUGUCAGAUUUGAGUGACAGCCUCUGAUACUCCUCGUUCUCUUCUAUCUCUACUCUGUACAUUACUAGAUGUGGCAAGAUAUCACUGUACCAUAUUGUCAGGUUAUGACUGUGGCUUGAAGAUGUGAAACUCUCUGGGAAAGUGAGUGAACUGUGGAUUAUAAUUUGAAUUGAUCGGGAGCUCAGGCUGAGCCUCAUCAGCUGGUUCAACAGGAUGCUGCAUGAUUCCCCCAGUAAUCCUUUCGGUGUCUGGAGCCGAUAAAUGAGGAUCAGCCGUGGGACUGUGAGGCAUUUUCUAAUGAUUUUGUAUAAAAUGUGAAACGUUCAUCUGAAACUAAAAUGAAAAUAAAUUCCAUGUUGAUGUAUGAGA